AUGUCCCGUUCAGCAACUCAGACCGUGGAAGGUCAAGGCCGUAGUCUUCCUCCCUCAAAUCGUCCUACAUACUGGCGUAUCCUAGAUUCCUACAUCAAAGACCAAACAGAGAGCCCUUUCAAAUGGAAAGUUUCAUCCUACCACGUCGCUCCGGGCUACCAGAACCAGCCGCAGUACUCACCUUGGCGCCUCUUACUCAUAUCCAUGCUGGUUGACCCGCAUCAGCAAAAGGCCGACGGCACUUUAGAAUCGUGGGACGAAGAGGAGCAUGUAGUGCCAGACUCGCUGGUUCGCCAGCCUCUGAACAGCCCCACGGACGAGCUUGACCAGAAAUGGGGCCGCCGAUAUGUGUUCACAGACGUAGCACCCCAUUACUCUUAUGACCUGGCUGGGGUUGGCAGCCUCGAAUGCGUUGGCAAUUGGCUCAUAGCUGCCCACGUAUGGGGAGAGAGCCAAGACUGGGUAGAUAGCGUGGACAUCAGACGCCUGGCAGCCUUUUCGACAGUCAUACGGCACGAUGUUCACCACCGGGUUGAAGAAAGGGGCCCAGACAAUCUCCUCCUUCAUCACUGGGACCUGGUCUACCAGGAGACGUUAUCUAAGGAUGGCAAGUCGCUUGAGGUGGUCGAUGAGCCAGUUGAUGACGAAGAUUUUGCGGCCUUUGCGACGGCGGCGUCGGCGGGGAAGCUUGCAUCAAUCCACCAAAACCUCGGGAAAUUGAGGGAUAAGGAAUGCCAGGUUCUUAAUGAGAAGCGACAGCGGCCGGGGUCGUGUCCGUGUGCGAGAGACCCGUCAUACGUGAUAGUUGACGAGGCUCCUGUCAAUGAGUCUUCUGAGGAUGAGGCCAUCGCUCCGACAGCUGAUGAAGCUCAUAUGAAAGAGUUUUUUGAAGACGAGGCCGUCGUGGUUGAGAAGCCUGAGAGCCAAACUCAGACCGCCGAUGGAGCCUGUAUAGUAAUGUAG